AUGUGUGUUCACUCCGCCUCUUCCCAGCUGAUGCUCGCGUCCUUUCAAUUUCUAUUCUGAGAGGAAGACUUGAGCAAGAGGGGUCUGCGGGGGUAGCGCAGAUAAAACAUCCAUGGGUGGUUGUGUGGGUAGUCACCAUGAUUCUUCAGGCAGUUUAAACGAAAAUUCUGACGGAACUGGAGUGGCUCUGGGGCGUAACCAGGCCUUGAAGAGAGAGAAGCCCAAAUGGAAGAGUGACUAUCCCAUGACGGACGGCCAGCUGCGCAGUAAGCGGGAUGAGUUCUGGGACACGGCGCCCGCCUUCGAGGGACGCAAGGAGAUCUGGGACGCGCUCAAGGCCGCCGCCCAAGCCUUUGAGAGCAACGACCAUGAAUUGGCCCAGGCCAUCAUCGACGGGGCCAGCAUAACACUGCCACACGUUGUACAGCAGCUUUUAGAUCGGGUCUCGGAAGCUCUCAGCAAGGUUAUCUACGCUACCAGAGUGCUGCCUUAUCAGAAAAUGGAUUUGGCCAAGAGAUUAGCUGGGUUGGGUGCUGAGGACUGCUGUCGGUAUCUCCUGAGAGAGCAGAGGAAAACACCAUCUAUUACACAGCAUUCACUGGCAGACAGACAUUCUCAUCGACGGGGCUGUAGCGGAGCAGGCGCGCUGACGGAGUGCUAUGAUGAGCUGGGGAAUCGCUACCAGCUACCAGUCUACUGCCUGUCCCCACCCGUCAACAUGAUCGAGGAGAAGAGUGACCUUGAGAGCCUUGAGGUCAGCGAGCCCCCCCCCAGCGAGGGUCAGGAGUGCCAGCUACGCCUGCGUCUGUCCACGGGCCGGGACCUGCGCCUGGCGGUGAGGACCACGGACACGGUGCAGCACAUGAAGCGGCAGCUGCAGGCGGUGGAGGGCGUGUCGGCGGCCACCCAGCGCUGGUUCUUCUCAGGCCGGCCGCUCACAGACAAGAUGAAGCUGGAGGAGCUGAAGAUCUCCAGAGACUACGUGGUGCAGGUGAUCAUCAGCCAGCCCCCCGCCCCCCUGCCCACCCAGGCACCGCCCGUCCCCACACCAACCACACCCACGUCCAUGCCCGCCACACUGCCCCAGGACCCCACGCCCGUAGAGAACUAGUGCCUGGCACCUGGAGAGGGCACGCAUGCAGGAAAAGACAGACCACCAAGGGAAGACCAGCUUUUGACAAGUGGAGAUUUGAGUGCGGUUGUGAGGCAGACACGUGUCUGAGCAGAUGAAGGAACAGUUCUUUAGAACCGAGCCGAGCUAGGUGGUCAUGUAAAGUGUUUGUUUAGAGUUGUGUGAGGGUUUGUUAAGCUGUGUGCCCUCCCUCUCUCUUCUCCUCUCUCCUCCACGAGACGGGGAGGUGUUUCUGCAAGGCAUGCUGGGAUAGCAGCAGGGGUGUCUCUGUGCCUCAGCCAGAGCAGGAGGACUCCGCCUCCGUGACUGAAGACAACCAACCAGGAGCAGCAAGAGACUCCACCACAGGACAGGAACACCUGCUAACCUGGCAUUUCAAAAAUCUACCUUUUACAAAAACUCUUUAAAAAAAACUUGUCUUGUUUUUAGUGGAAACUGAACAACCAAAAAAUAAGAUCUGAGGAAAUAUACAGUAACAGCCCAUGUUGUUACAAACCAUUUUCCAGAACCCCCUGCCUGUUCUCCAUCUCCUCUGUAGCUUCUAGUCAGCCAGCUGUCAGUCCUUCUAUUGCCCCCCCCCCCCCCCCCCCCCCCCGUAGUAGCCUUGACCUGACCUGUAGCCUCUUUCUGCAGACGUUACAUGUAGCUCUGUCAGUCAACUCGUCCUCCCCCGGGAGCCUUCCUCCCCCGGGAGCCUUCCUCCCCCAGGAGCCUUCCUCCCCCGGGGGCCUUCCUCCCCCAGGAGCCUUCCUCCCCCAGGAGCCUUCCUCCCCCAGGAGCCUUCCUCCCCCGGGGGCCUUCCUCCCCCGGGAGCCUACCUUUUAGUUGUGAUCUUGGUUUGUGAAGUUAGUAGGCCGUCACUGCGUCGGAUUAGUUCCCUUCUCAUUCCCCAGUAAACAUCCCAUUAUGUAAACGUGACACUUUCACCCUCCUGUUGUCUAUUCAAAACUGAUAUUAUCUUAAGAUGAACUUCUGGAGGUUUCCGCAGAACUUAAAAAACUAUAAUGUUGUACAAACUGAAUGUGCUGGGAUGAAGUGGCAACGUUUUAAAUGACAUUAAUGUUUAGAAAUUCUGCUUCACUGUACUUUAACAUACUUAUCAGAGCAAUGUAUUUAGCAUUGCGUAAUCAUUUGUGUGUGUGUAAGAGAGAGAGAGAGACAGAGAGAGAGAGAGACAGAGAGAGAGAGAAAGAGAGAGAGGAGAGAAAGAGAGAGAGGAGAGAAAGAGAGAGAGAAAGAGAGAGAGAAAGAGAGAGAAAGAGAGAGAGAGACAGAGAGAAAGAGAGAGAGACAGUGACAGAGAGAGCGAGAGAGACAGAGAGAGAUAGAGAGAGAGAGAGAGAGAGAGAGUGUGUACUGCAUGUUUGAGAGGGUGUUGAGAGAGAGACAGAGAGAGAGAGCGAAAGAGAGAGAGAGAGAGAGACAGAGAGAGAAAGAGAGAGAGAGUGUACUGCAUGUUUGAGAGGGUGUUGAGGGUGUUGAGGGUGUUGAGAGACAGGGUGUUCAAUAUGAUCUGGUGACAAGAGUCAGACCUUAUAACAUAGAGGGGUUUUACAACCUUAGCAGGACUCUAGGGGUUGUACUGUGGACAGACUAAGUCACACCAGUCGUCUUGACCUUUACUCCAGCAGCUGUUCACACAGACUUCCUCUGUAUCUCUCGCGGUGUGUUUGACUGUGUGUUUUUAAGGUACAUUGAGACGUAUUCAUGAAGAAAAAAAAUGAAUUUCAGAAACCCAGUUGCAUAUUUUGAUGAAAUAGAAUGUUUUUAAUUAAAUUGACCAACAUUUGUACGCCACAA